AUGAGCCAGUUAGAGAGCGGCCUACAGCAUGUGUGCCCGGCGGCGUUGUACGAUCCUCUCGCCGGGCUCGCCGUCGCGCUGCUAGCCGCCGUUUGGGCAUGUGGGGUGGCCCGGAGGCUCCCCGCCGGCCUGGUCCGCUUCGCGGCGGUGCUGCCGUGCGUCGUCGCUUUCACGCUGGUGACGGGAUGCAUGAACCACCGGCCAGCCAUCGUCGUGAUGUCAGCGGGUUUCCUGUGGCUCUGGCUCGCCAACUUCAAGGUCCUGGCGCUGGCGCUCGACCGGGGGCCGCUCGCGAUCCGGUCGCUCACGUUCCUGCAGUUCGUGUUCUCGACAGUCCUUCCCGUGCACCCCCUGAUGCUGAAACGCGCCAAGGUCAGCUCGCACGAGGGACCUGUGUCGCUCCUGUGGAUCCUCAUCUCGAUCACCACCAAGCUACCGGCGCUGUGGGCCUUCGUCCACAUGCUGCAGUUCUACGACCUCCCCUGGCUGGCUCAGGACGUGCUGUGGGCCCUGUGCCUGUACCUCUUCCUGGGCCCGCUGCUAGACAUCCCAGGAAGUGUGGCACUUGGGUUGUUGAACCUCGAGUGCGAAAGCCACAUGAAGAACCCCUUCCGCACCACCUCCUUCACCAACUACUGGCAGCGCUGGAAUCUCGUCGCAGGGUCGUCGCUCCGGCACCUCAUCUACGACCCGCUCGUCGAGGGCCGCCUCGUGCGUCACCGGCCGCCAGAGAUCGGCGUGCGCAACAGCGCAGGCCUCGCCGCGCACCUGCACGCCCGCGGCGCCUCGGGCGAGGUCCGGCGCGCCGCCGGCAUGGUCGCCGCGUUCCUCGCGUCCGCCGGCAUCCACGAACUCAUCAUCUGGCUCGGCACGCGCAGCUUCAGCUACCAGUACCGUUGGUUCUGGUUCUUCGCGAUUCAGGGGCCGAUCGUCAUCGCCGAGCGCUGCGUCGCGUCGCUGUGGGCGCGCGCGGGCCUCAAGCCGCUGCCCGAGGCCGUCAUGGCGCCCGCCGCGCUGACGGCGCUGUUCCUGGUGGGGUCCGCGCUCUUCAUUGAACCGUGCGUCAAGAUGGGGAUCGCGCAGGGCGUCCUGAACGAGACGCACCGGCUCCUGCUGCCCGCGGAGCGGCUGCUCGAGCCGUACCUCGGCGGCCCCGUGCGCGCCCUCUCUGGGCCGCUGCUCUCGCGCUUGCCGCGGGGCGGCCACCAUUUCUGA